GAGAGAGAGAGAGAGAGAGAGAGAGAGAGAGAGAGCAUCGCCACAUUUCAUUUGUCCAUCACAGCACUGGACGACUGUGUUUGGAAUAUAUUCCAACGUGAUUUUUAUGAGAUUAUCAGCUGACAGACUUCUUUGUGUCUACUUGUAACUUGGUGAUUCUUUGUCGGGGCUGUUUGAUGAUGUUCCCGCCACUUCACAGCAUGGCCAACAGGAGCGGCACGCGCGCGUACUGUAGGUAGGACGCACCUGUGAAGUAGCCUCGUGCAUCGUGACGCUGAGGGACUGCGUUAUUAUCGUGUUGUCUGUUUUCUGUUCUCCGCAGUGCGAGUGUGUGUGUAGCGUUUAGCAAAAACACACGGGUGUGAACUACGAGUGAGGUGAGUGUCAGGAAGAGAUGCGAAGAAAAUGGAUUCUGAUAUACAAAUUCGCGUCCGACUCGCCGACUGACCGACAGAACUUUUGAUCCUUUCGAUUCGACUCCCAUUUGUGUCAUUUCUUUAGACUCCAUCCUUCAGGAACAAUAAGAAAUCAAAGCAUUUCUGAAGACACAUCAGGCACGAGCGCGCGCGCGUGCCAGCAUGAUUCCAACGCGAGUUACCUGAGAGGAAAAGGGCGGGAAGCGCGCGCUGGAUUGAAAAAAAAAAAUUAAAUAAAAUAACGGUCUCAUUCUUUGCUCAUUGCUCGCGCGCAGCAAACAACCGUGAACUUAAACCAUGGGUUGAAGAAGAGAAAUAAAACACUGUAAGUAAACCCUAGUGCGUUGUUUUUAGCCUGUUUCCCCAUCUUAAGUAUCCAUCAUUUUAAGCAGGACACUUAAAACGUACAAUGUAAAUAAAAAUAUAUUCGCUUUGGGGGUUUUUUGUGAUUAAAAUGACUUAUUUACGCAGUAUUAUUGUUUUUCGACACUUUCUCCUUGUUUAUUCGUGUUCGAACUGAUUCAGUUUCUCAAGACAUUAAAUGAUUUAAUAAAGUUAAAAAACAAACAAGAAACCAAAGGCUGAAGGCGUAUUGAGAGACAUUAGUGUUGUUUUUGUUGAUUCCCUACUCUGAACUCUUACCUGUCUGUGGGAAUCUGCAGCAAAGCUCAAAAUGGUGGACUGACUUUUCCUGAUCAAUUCACUUGUCUGUAUUACAGCAGUCACUCUCAACAUGUCUUUACUCUUCUCACUUCUUCAGACUUAAAUGGAUAUCUGUGAUGAUGGGGGCAGAAAUAGCCCAUUUAUUUUGUACUUUUUAUAUUUUCACCCUGCCUACAUUCCCCCGAAUAGUUUUUGUCAAGUAACAAUCUUAAGAAGAUGUGAAACCCACUAUUGACUCUUUUUAUCUAAACUGAAGACACCAGAUAUUUCUGCGAGUCUCCAAAAUGCCUUAGGGCAUCAACACCUACAAUGACCUGGACUGUAACAGUAGUCAGUGUAGUUGAACAUUCAUAGUGGUUAUCUACUACUAACUAUCAAAAUCACUUGUUUGUCCAAUAAUAAUUCUUUAAUUUAUUUACCCCCCCACUUGACUAAUUCAGUGGGGGGGGACUGAAAAUUACACUUGUGACCUUGCCUCUGGCACCAAAGCUUGGGUCAUGGAGUCAAACCCAGACAGCCCAAGCCGGGCUGUGGAGUACCUCCUGGAGCUCAAUAACAUAAUUGAGAGCCAGGCCAAGCUGCUGGAGACGCAACGCCGGCGAAUAGAGGAACUCGAGACGCAGCUCGACCGAGUCAACCAGGAGAACCAGGACCUCCGCUUAGACAGGAAACCUGGCGCUGACAUCUCCACACAGAACCACAAUCAUGAACAGAACACGACAAAGUCCAGUGGACCGUCGUCUUUGACAAACCACAACUCCACAAGUGUACACAAUAACAGCGGCAGUAACGUACCAUCAUCUACGGUUCCUGGCCCAGCCCGGAGGACCCACACCCGGCUGAGCCGAGGCCUAUCGUGUGGUUCAGCUCCUGUGGAGAAGGAGAGGGGAAGGCUAGAGAGGAAUGAUAGCAUUGGAACAAACAGCACAUCUGUUCUACGGAGACAACUGCACUCAUUUCCUAGUCUCUCCAUCCUUACCCAUCGCUGUAACGCCUCUUUCAUCAGCAAUCACCUGAGCGCUCAUAGCUACGAUCAUCAGUUCUGCUGCCCCUCCAGGCCAAGUAGGCCCAAGCCUCCUGCCUCUCUGACCACUGUCAAACCAAGUGUUGAUGACGAGCCUCGUGUCUCAGAGUCAAAUCCCUUUUCAGACAGCAGCAAAGCUCCUUAUCAGCAUCGCUCUGACUGCUACCGGGAAGGAAGUUGUGGCCCCCCAGGCCCUCGAGGGCCGAUUGUGGGCCCCCCAAGCCCAGUUUGCCUCACCUGGGCUCAGCACACCCGUAACCAGCCAGCUAGUUUGGCCUUACGCAAACAGGAGGAGGAGGAGAACAAGAAGUGCAAGGCUCUGUCUGACAGCUAUGAGCUCUCAACUGACCUCCAGGACAAGAAGGUGGAAAUGCUGGAGAGGAAAUACGGUGGCUACUUUCUGAGCAGACGAGCAGCACGCACCAUCCAGACUGCCUUCCGUCAGUAUCGCAUGAACAAGAAUUUCGAGCGCCUGCGCAGCUCAGCUUCCGAGAGCCGCAUGACAAGACGCAUCAUCCUGUCCAACAUGCGUAUGCAGUACUCCUUUGAGGACCGCCAGCCUCAAGCACAGCCUCAGACCUGCCACAGUCCUGGAAUGGGCCCUCCACAUUCACCUGACCUGGAGCCUGAUUCACCUGCACAACCAGAAUAUACCCAUUUAGAGGACUCCUUCUCCAAACAGGUGAAGUCCCUGGCUGAUUCCAUUGACGAUGCGCUAGCAUGCCGUCCAGGUAGAGACGACUCACAGGACGGCCUCGGGGACAGUGGGGCUGUAGACGACUUUGGUGAGUGCAUCUGGAGCAGCAACAGCCACCCGUCUCUCCGUCGGGGACUGGGUGAGCGGGAGCGAGGCAGCACAGGAGGUGGCCUGAGCAUGCACGAGGAUAGCACGGCCACGUCAUACAGCGAUGUCACACUCUACAUGGAUGAUGGUUUGCCCUCAUCACCACUCUCUCUGGACCGGGCACCAAGCAGUACAGACACUGAAUUCUGGGGGGGUAUGACCGGAGGUGUUGGAGGGCGAGAAGACAGCCGAGACACUGAGGGAGGUGGCAGCAGCAACAGUCGGCGCAGCACGCCAUGUACAGAGUGCAGAGAUUAUCGCCUCCGAGGGGCACAUUUGCCUCUACUCACAAUCGAGCCACCCAGCGACAGCUCAGUGGACAUGAGUGACCGUUCAGACCGUGGUUCCCUAGGCCGGCAGCUGGUGUAUGAGCAGGACUCAAGUGGGGGUUCCCCUCAAGGCACGCUAAAGCACAAUCCCAACGCCAAAGCGCAAGGCCAAACACGUCCGGCUAGCCACCCAAUAGCAACACACAUCCCGCACCAUGUGACUCAUCACCACCACCACCAUCACCACCACCAUCAUCACCAGUAUCCUGACACUCCAUCAUCUUCUUCAUCCCCCCAGCAACCCCCCACUACGCCACUCUCAUCCUCCUCUUCUGCACAGCUACCUUCUGGUGGCUUGGAUCAGCAGUGUUGCUCAGAUGGUGACAAUGACUCACUAAACUCCACCACAAACUCCAACGAAACCAUUAACUGCAGCUCUGGCUCAUCAUCCAGGGACAGCCUGCGUGAACCACUGCCACCUCUGGGCAAGCAGACAUACCAGAGAGAGAGUCGCCACAGCUGGGACUCUCCUGCUUUCAACAAUGACGUGGCACAGAGAAGACAGUAUCGCAUUGGACUCAACCUCUUCAACAAGAAACCAGAGAAGGGCAUUCAGUACCUGAUAGAGCGUGGCUUUGUGUCAGACACACCCAUUGGCAUCGCCCGCUUUAUUCUAGAGAGGAAAGGCCUUAGCCGACAGAUGAUUGGGGAGUUUCUGGGCAACCGACAGAAGCAGUUCAACAAGGAUGUCCUCGAUUGUGUGGUGGACGAGAUGGAUUUCUCAGGAAUGGAUCUAGAUGAUGCUCUAAGGAAGUUUCAAGCCCAGAUCAAGGUGCAAGGAGAGGCCCAAAAAGUGGAACGACUUAUUGAGGCUUUCAGUCAGAGGUACUGUGUGUGUAACCCUGCACUGGUGAGGCAGUUCCAGAAUCCUGACACUAUCUUCAUCUUGGCUUUUGCCAUCAUCCUCCUCAACACAGACAUGUACAGCCCAAGCGUCAAACCAGACAGGAAGAUGAAGUUGGAUGACUUUAUUAAGAACCUGCGAGGUGUAGAUAAUGGACAGGAUAUCCCACGUGACCUGCUGGUGGGGAUCUACCAGCGCAUUCAGAAGUGGGAACUAAGGACCAAUGAUGACCAUGUCUCCCAGGUCCAGGCUGUAGAGAGAGUCAUUGUGGGCAAGAAACCAGUCCUGUCUCUUCCACACCGCAGGCUGGUGUGCUGCUGCCAGCUUUACGAGGUUCCUGACCCUAACAGACCACAGCGCACAGGUGUACAUCAGAGAGAGGUGUUCCUCUUCAACGACCUGUUGGUGGUAACAAAGAUCUUCCAGAAGAAGAAAACCUCUGUGACAUACAGUUUCCGGCAGUCAUUUCCUUUGGUGGAGAUGCAAGUUCAUAUGUUCCAAAACUCCUACUACCCUCAUGGCAUCAGGCUAACUUCAGCAAUCCCAGGUGGUGAACGUAAGGUGCUAAUUGUUUUCAAUGCACCAAGUCAGCAGGACCGCACACGCUUCGUGAGUGACCUGAGAGAGAGCAUUGCAGAGGUGCAGGAGAUGGAGAAAUACAGGGUUGAAUCGGAGCUUGAGAAGCAAAAAGGUGUGAUGCGGCCAAGCCUUCUUAGCAGCAGUGUGGUGGGUGGAGGUGUGGGCGGAGUCAAAAACGAAGUUGUGAAUGGCAGCAUUGGAAGAUCUAGUUUGGAUGAUAAUUAUUCACCCAGUGAAGGCCUGAAACGCACUGCUCUCAGCUCCUCGCUUAGGGACCUGUCUGAUUCAGGGAAACGAGGUCGCAGAAACAGCGUUGGUUCCCUUGACAGUACAAUGGAACAGUCCACAGCCUCACCAGCGUUACCCAGUAGCCACUGUGCUGUCGAGUUGCUAUGGAACCGAAGACUACCGGCCUCACCGCCCCAUCCUGAGCCCCGGAGUGGGGGUGGGGGGUGGGCCGGGGCAGCAACACACACCGGCACCCGCGCCUCCUGGCACUGUGCCUCCAGCCUCCAGCAGCAGCAGCAGCAGCGAGAGAGGUGCCACCAGUGGGACAACAACCAGCGCCACCUCGUUCCUGGGAUCACUGUUUGGGACGAAACGGGCCAAAGCACCAGGCCCCAUCAUCCCGCCGGGGCCACCCUACCCCGCCCCUACGGUGCCAGCACCACCACCGCCUCUUUCCCCUUUGCCCCUGUGCCCUCAAGAGUCUACUGGCACGUCCAAGAUCCAGUACUGCCACACUAUGGGUGCGGGCAUGGCUGGGCACCCUCCACCACCGUACUGCCACCCGCACCAACGCUGCCAACACGGUGGUCCUCAACGGCAACAUGCCAUGCUACAGCGGGUCACACUACCACGCAGACCAACCCACAAUUCCUCCCCCUAUCUGCCACCGCUUUCCCAACAUGCUCUUCAAGCUCGCUUCGGGAAUUCGGGCAAUGGGGUCUCAAUGUGCGUGCCUCCUCCCCCCCUUUCUCCUCACUCCCCACUAUCCCAACACCCGCAGUUUGCCCUCUGCCACGCACAGCUCACACACUCGGCCAGAGGGGGCGCCGUUGUGGGCAAAACCCCACUAGCACUGUCACACUCACAACCACACCCGCACCAGCACGCACUCUCCCACGGGCAUACGUCGCACCCUGCUCAUCCGCCACACUUCGUGUUCGCCAGCCCGCCGCCGCCCUUCCCAGCACCCACUCCGCCACCCCUGCCAGCCUCCGCUCCACCCGGCGCGGCCCAGCACGCGUCGCCGGCCGUCCCGUAUCCGCCCCCGUAUCCACCGCUUUCCUCCAUCCCACCUCCCCCCCUCCACUCCCCUUUACCCCCCCCUUCCUCCCCCCUUACCCCUCUUACGCCUCUCUCCCCUCUCCCCCCCCCCUCGCACCCCGCCCCGCCACCGCCACAGGUCACGGCACCAUCGCCAGGUCAGACUGGCACAGUCGACCGGGUCAAAUCCAAGCCAGCCAGUCGGAUCAGCACGGUAGUAUGAGCAGGGGCAAGGGUAAGGUGCGCUCCUGGGGCUCACUACGAGGUCCCCUGGUGGUGGGAGGAGGAACAGCAGAAAGAUUGGAAGACAUGGGAGGAGGAAGCCGGACCAGGACGGAGGGCAGCAAGAAGAAACGCAACCUACUGAGACUCUGUUACUUUCAUUUGCGCUUCCCACAAGUAUAGAUGGUGACAGGGGGCAGACAAUGUGCGAGCACACGAUAAGCACAUUUAGAAAUACACUUCACAUGCAAAACAGGGUCUGUCAUCAUUCAGUGGAUUACAGUACAAGAAAAUCAAUUCUCUGAAAUGAUUAAAAGAAGCACAACUGACUUUAACUGAAAAUCUAAGUCUAAGUAACACUCUCAGUGACAAGCAAUUAAUUUCUUUGUUUGAUUCUCUUUUUUCAACAACAAAGUUUUAGCCAUAGCACAUAACCGAAAUAAAAAUGCAACCAGGCAUUAAACAUAUGGGCAUGUAUAAACAAUUGCACACAAAUCCUGACUAACUAAGUAUGCACAGGGAGUGAAUAAUAUGCCUAUAGCCAUAAGAGAAUGCAUUCUAAGAGUCAGAAACAUAAAGAGCUUGUCUCUGUCUGUAUAUUAAUGGAGGAAUAAAAGUAGGUCGUGCAGAUCAGGGAGACGUACAACAAACAAGUCUUUUUCCUCUACGAAAGAACGUUUUUAGCACUACCUUUGAAAACAGGAAAAAAACGCAAUAAUCAGUUACAAUAAGCAUUAAUUAUUUGAUGUUCAGCUUGUAGUGAGUCUUGCUCUUCUGUAUAAAGAUUGUUUUACAAGAGAGGAACAUUUAAAGAGCAUACUAAUUUGAAAUAUGAAUAAUUCUCCAUUUUCAAUGUUGCCAGUUAGAUAUAAAGCUUAGCCAAUUUAUGUAAAGAUCAGACAUAAACAAAUGACCAGUUGUCUGAAUUAGAGAAGUGCUUAUUUUGGCCAUAGUGCUAACCUCUACUCUUUUUUUAUUUUAUUUUUAAAAAUAGCACCUUCAUUUCGAAGUAUUACCAUCUUUGUAUGCCUGCUAUUAAAUUGGUAUUUUAAAGGG